AUGGUGAUCUUGACAAUACUCUUGUGGCCAUUGUACCAAAUAAUCUUGUGGUUCACGGAUGGCUGGGAUAGCAAAUGGAGACGAAGGUGGACGUGUCCUUUGAGCAAAUAUCUCCACGGGAUCGGCUCAUACGUAUGGUUUCUGGGGAUUCUCGGUGCCCAAGUAUACCUCCCAUCACGAUGUCUUUACAGCAGAUACAAGUUCUAUGUUCCGGACGCCGAUUGUCCAAGUACAGGGCCGCCUACCAUUGGCACGGAAUGGGCCCUUAUUAUAUUUGUGAUAGGGCGACUCUUCUCAACUCUUAAGUUGAACUCAAUCCCGUGGAUGUGGAAGUCUACGUCCACGUGGUGGGCCAGGAUUGACCUCUUGACGAACGGGAUGUUCGUUAUGACGUUCAUUUUCUGGUUGUGGUCAUGGGCGAGUAAUGUCCAACAGAAAUCGAGGAAUGACUCUCGAGAAUAUUGGGGACAAUACUAUCCCGAGAUUUUUGGUGAAAGUUCCCUCGCGAUCGCCUGCAUUUUAGCGUUUUCAAAUACACUACAACUUCUCCGGCUUAAUCAAGUCUUUGGCCCAAUGCAGAUCAGUUUGGGAAAUACGCUCAAAACUUUCCUUCCAACGGUGGGUGUUUACCUGGUCGUAGUGUUCUCUUUCAGCACUGGCUUAAACGCGAUAUACGUCCCAUUCAACGGAAUUCCUGGAAAAAGAUACGAUGGCGUCCCCUCCGUGCAGACGAGUCCUUUCGGCAAAACUGUCUUGAGCCCCAGUGAAGAACUCUUUUGGGUAUUCUUUGGCAUGUCGGGGAACGAUAAGCCGUUGUUUCUCGACUUUGAAAGUGCAGAACCUAGAACUUAUAAUCACCAUACUUGGAGUGAAAUGGCUGGCAAAAUUUUAUUCUUUGCCUAUAACGUGAUCGGAGUUCUGACAAUGCAUAACAUGCUUUUGUCCCAUUAUACUUCGUCGGCUGCCGAGUUGAAAGAUAAUUCUGACACCACGUGGAAAUUUACUCGUGCUCAGAUUUAUCUAACCUACACGAAAGACACCGUGUUAUCUCCACCCUUCAAUUUAAUCCCCACAUUUUCGGAUAUCCGAAGAUUUUUUAAGUUCUUGAGACUAUUGUGUCAUAUGGACACGGAUGAAGACGCUCAGGAGGACGAACACCCGGCUUGCUCGUUUCGUCAAUGCUGUUUCCUAAGACGCCCUAUCGACAAGGAGGAAGAAGGAAGGAAUUUGAAAGCCUACCGAAGACUUGCCCUGAAUCUUCUGAGACGCUACACUCAAAUGGUGACUGAGCGAGAAAACAACGCUACAGCAAAUAGCGACGACGUGAAAGAAAUCGGGGAAGAGUUGGCCGAACUAAAGGCCAAAAUCCAAAGUAAAAUGAGAGAAUUGCAAGAACAAGUGGCACAAUCUCAGUCCAAUGCGACUAUUGUACCAUCAUCACAACCACAAAGCAGUACAGCGACAGUGGUCAGUCCAUCGGUUGAAGUUCAUGAGAAGGUUGACAAUACGGAAAAACGUCGUUUUGCUGCCGCUGCGAGCAAAGUGGUCAAAAAAGACGUUGUUGGACGGUUUUCAGUAACGAAAGUCGCUCCAAUGCCACCAUCGCCAUCAUCGCCACCACUAGGACAACAAGAAAUUAAUGCCCCACUUCCUUCUAAGACUAGCUCAGAGACAAAUGUCAAACCGUCAAAGGUGACGACGCCUCCACAAUCAGUGGUACAACUGCAUCCAAAAGUGACACCACCCGUGAAGAAAAGUGGUGACGACGUUGUGAUAUCUAAAUCUACACCACCCCCUUCGCAACCCAUGGUUUCACCACCCACGAAAAAGUCUCCCAUCACAUCAGUCAGUGACGUUAAUACUGCAGAACCAAUCAUUCUGGAUACACCUCAAAAACAAGUCAAAACUCCGCCAGUAAUAAAAUCGCCUCAAAUUUCCCACCAUCCAAGUAAUGUCGAAGCACCUCCACAACCAUCCGUCACAACGCCACAAAAACAAGUAAAAACGCCACCACAAAUCAAGACUCCGCCGGUGACAAAAUCGCCCCAAAUCUCCCGUCAUGCGGGUAAUGAAGAAGCUGCUCCGGCCGUCACCACGCCACAACAAGAAGUCAAAACACCACCACCAGCAAAGUCACCACACAAAGUACGGUCACCACAGGAAUUGGCAAGUAGUGGGCAGGCAGGGCCAACCUUACCCUUGCACAAACAGCAACCUCUCCAAUUCACAAUCGAAGAUCUAGAACCACAUCCUCCGACAAAGCAGACAGGCAAACGCACAUCAGGAGAUCAGGGAGCUUCGCAACUAGGUGUACUCACAAUUGAAAAUCAGGACCCUCAUCCUCCACAAACUGUGGAAGAAAUUCAAAGACAACCACAUUCAACCAUGUCACCGACGACAAAAUCUCCAAAAUCCCAACUUUCUCCAAAGGAAUCAGGUCAUCAAGUUCCAAAACCACCGGCAACUGUUCCAUCGCCACAUCGGGUUUCCUAUAAAAGUCCACCAAAGGAAUCGAAUAACCCACCUCCACCACCACCUAUGAAUACUCCAAGUCCAAAGCAAUCAAAAUCUAACGCUACACAACAGUCUACUCCAUUGGCGAAGCCGUGGCCACAACACACCCAACAAAUGCCCGGAGGGACACCCCAAAAGAAAGUGGAGCAGAUUAUUAAGGCAAGCCCAAUUUCGCCACCGCCGCCGCCACCUCCACCACCACCAAUUCAACCAGGCGAAUCGUCUCCUGACCUGACUAAAAGGCUGUCCAAGAAAAAGAGUACGGAUAAAAAGACGCAGUGAUGGAUGAGAAUAAUGGUAUCUGAAAAAAUGUAAAAUAUAAAUAAAGAAAAACAAAGUGAUUAAGUACAUUAGAACAUAUAAUAGCAAAGUAGUAGGAAAUACGAAAACA